AUGGCCACCGAACUUUGCCCCGUCUAUGCGCCCUUCUUUGGCGCGCUGGGCUGCACCUCCGCUAUCGUCUUCACCUGCUUCGGUGCCGCAUAUGGAACCGCUAAGGCCGGUGUCGGAGUUUGCUCCAUGGCCGUCCUCCGCCCCGAUCUGAUCGUUAAGAACAUUGUUCCCAUUGUCAUGGCUGGUAUCAUUGGUAUCUACGGUCUUGUCGUGUCGGUCCUGGUCGCCAACGACCUGACCCAGCAGCUCCCUCUUUACACUGGUUUCAUCCAGCUUGGUGCUGGUCUGUCUGUCGGUCUGGCUGGUCUGGCUGCAGGUUUCGCUAUUGGUAUUGUUGGUGACGCAGGUGUUCGUGGAACGGCUCAACAGCCUAGGCUCUAUGUCGGAAUGAUUUUGAUUCUCAUUUUCGCUGAAGUUUUGGGUCUGUACGGAUUGAUUGUUGCUCUUCUCAUGAACUCCCGCUCGAAAGCAAUCUGCUAA